AUGAUCACGGAAAAGCUUCAGAGGAUUUUCUGUGCUUUUGUGGAUCUGGAGAAAGCAUUUGAUAAGGUUAUAAGGAAGAAAAUGUGGGAACUGUUGCCGGAAUAUGGUGUGGAUGGUCGAUUGUUAAGGGCUGUGCAGUCACUUUACUAUGACUGUAAAGCCUGUGUGCGGGUAGGGCAUGACCUGUCACCCAUGUUUAGCGUCCAAGCGGGCGUAAAACAGGGUUGUGUCAUGUCUUCCUGGCUGUUCAUACUGUAUCUCGACAGCUGUUUACAGAAGCUGAAAAAUAGCUAUUUGGGUGUGAAAUUGGGUGACAUUAAAGUAAAUUGUCUGCUGUAUGCUGAUGAUGCAGUGCUUAUUGCACCAUCAGAAGCAGAACUGCAGGCAUUAGUCACGUGUAUGAAAGAGGAAUGUGAAAUUAAAGGUCUCCGUUUGAAUGCUAAUAAAACUAAGGUUCUGGUAUUUGAAAAGGACGAAGAGAGAAAGAAAUGUGAAAUAUGGGUAAAUCAGGAAUGUCUAGAACAGGUAAAUGAAAUUGUAUACUUGGGAAGUGCUUUCACCCGGGAUGGAAGAUGUGAUUUAGAUGUGGAUAGGCGUGUCACUGCCGGAAACAAAGUCAAUGGUGCCCUGAAUACAUAA